AUGGAGACCGGAGCCGUGCGGCCCCUGCUGGUGGACCUCAUGGCCGACCCAGAGUCGGGCAUGGUGGACAAUGCCGUAUACACCCUCCACUCCCUCUGGGCUCUGGUGAGGGACGCGCUGCCGCCGUCAGGAUCGGGUAGUUUUAGUAGGCUGCUCGCCACUGAUCCCAGGAAUCCAAGAGCAGAUAACACAAACUUCCAGCACAUCCCAAAUUUCACACCCAACACUUUCAACCAGAAUCAGUUCCCCAUCCCACAACCACCAUUCAACCAGACUCAGUUGCCCACCCCACCACCACCAUUCAACUAUUUCCAUUAUCCCCAACAUAGUUCGCCUACUCAGGUCAUGCACAACCUGAAUCCCUUUGGUGGUGUAAGCAACCUCCAGCAGUGGAUGUUUGUAGGUGCUGCUGCUGGUGCAUCUUCACAUGGCUCAGAUUCAGCAACCCCGCAAUCGCAAAUAAGAAAGGUGGAGCAAGAUGACCAAAAGCAAGAUUCAAGCGGCAGCAGCCCGGAUGAAGGAAGGAGGGUUGUGAGAAUUAAUUACAGUGAGGUCGAGAACCUACGCCUUGUAAGUCUUUGGAUUAAGCAUUCGGUAGAUCCAAUUCAUGGCAUAGAUCAGACUGGAGAGGCCUACUGGAAGAAAAUAGCAGAAGCGUUUAAUUCAGGCCAACCUGAAGGUGAAAGAAGAAGUGGGGAAUCUGAUGACAUGCUCAUGGACAAAGCACGUGCCACAUUCAAGAGAGAAAACAAGCAAAAGCCCUUUACACUUGAAUAUGUCUGGAAGGUUCUGAAGAAAGAACCCAAAUGGUAUAGAAGUAUACCUGGUACAGAUUGUUCAGACAAGAACAAAAGAACAAAAGUAGAUGAAUCUGGAGCAUACACUUCAUCUUCCAACCAAGACACAGAUGAGGCGGAGACAUUCAAAGAAGUACGCCCAGAGGGGCAGAAGAAAGCAAAAGCUAGGAUGAGAGGAAAAGGAAAGAGAAAGGUCAUACCACAAUCUCCCCUAGGCUCGUAG